AUGCCGGUGUGCCUGUCUAAAAGUGCAAAAAGAACAGAGUCAAAAACAAAAGUAAAACUUACAAGAUGUGGAAAGAUCACCCUGGGUAUCUUAAUGACCGUGAUUGCUGCCUUACUGGUUGGUCUCGUUGUCUAUUUUGCUGCUUAUGGAAAGAUACCUUUCUACUAUCAUGUCAGCUUUAAGGUGAACAGCAUCAACUAUGACGAAAAAUUUGCAAAACCAUAUUCAAAAGAAUAUAUGGACUUAAAUAAAAAGAUAGUAUCUUUGAUAAAUAAGACAUUUCAUGAAUCUAGACUGAGAAGACAGUAUGUCACAUCCCAUGUUGUUCAAGUCAGUCGAGCCAACGGGAAAGUGGUAAUUCAUGUUGUGCUGAAGUUUAAGUCCUGUUGUAAAAAUAAUGCAGCAAAAUUUUGGGACAGAAUUGAAACUAUUUUACGUCAGAAGCUAACAGGACAAAUUGGAUCACUACUUAUAGAUGCUUCCUCAUUUAAAUUUUCAGACAUUGCAAUGCCGAUAGCAGAAAAUCUUCUCCAUACAUGUUGUGGACAGCGCACGAUAACUCCUUCUGGCAAUAAAAUAGCAGGGGGGCAGGAUGCAGAAGAAGGAGAAUGGCCCUGGCAAGCUAGUCUUCAGCAAAAUAACGUCCACCGGUGCGGAGCGACUCUCAUUAGCAACCACUGGCUUGUCACGGCUGCUCAUUGUUUCAUAAAGGCCAACGAUCCUAAAGAAUGGAAUGUUACUUUUGGGCUUCUUUUGAGUGAUCCAAAGACACAAAGAGCUGUCAAGAAUAUUAUAAUUCAUGAAAACUACCAUUACCCUGCACAUGAUAAUGACAUCGCUGUCGUGCAUCUGGCUUCACCAGUAUUAUACACAAGUAACAUCCGAAGGGCAUGUCUCCCAGAAACUAAUCAUACCUUCCCACCCAGUUCAGAUGUGGUGGUCACUGGCUGGGGAACACUAAGGACUGAUGGAAAAAUUCCUAAUAUACUCCAAAAAGCAUCAGUGAAGAUUAUAGAUAAUAAGACCUGCAACAGCGGAAAGGUAUACGGUGGAGUCGUCACCCCUGGAAUGCUGUGUGCUGGGUUUCUACGAGGACAUGUAGAUGCCUGCCAGGGUGAUUCUGGUGGGCCGUUGGUCAGUGCAGAUGAUAAGGGCACCUGGUUCCUUGUUGGUAUCGUAAGCUGGGGAGAUGAAUGUGCACUUCCAAACAAGCCUGGUGUCUACACUCGAGUGACAUACUAUCGAGACUGGAUCAUGUCCAAAACGGGUCUCUAG